AUGCUCAUGAGUGACAGCCUGGGGGGCAACGCCAAGACGCUCAUGUUUGUCAACGUCUCCCCCAGUGAUGCCAACAUCGACGAGAGCCAGAACAGCCUCACCUACGCCACGCGCGUGCGCACCAUCAAGAACGACGCGCGCAAGGACGAGAGCAACCGCGAGGUGCUGCGGCUGCGCAAGCAGGUGGACUACUGGAAGGAGCAGGCCGGGCUCACCACCGCGGAAGCGCGCGCCACGGCGGACCUGCGGGAGAUUGUGGACCGCAGGCCCACCCCGGGGCCGGACGGGGCGGACGCACAGGAGCAGGGCGCCACCACGCCGCGGGCGGCGGCCGGGCCCGCGGGCGGCCGGCAGACGUCGCAGCUAUCACUGGCAUCGGCGGCCGCGGCGAUGGCUGGGUGCGGGGAGGACGGCAGCGUGGCUGGCGGGUGCGGGGCGAGCACGGGCGGCUGGUCGGAGGUGGAGGGCGCCGCGGGGGAGGAGGCAGAGCAGUAG